CUUAUAACCUCCAAAUAUAUACAUAUCGCGAAUAUAUACAUAUAUAGUAAUGAAUGGAAGACCUUAUUAAUCUAUGCCCAUACAUAGUAUCAUCGGACAUCCCCUUUUCCUGGAACACUCAACUCAUAUUUAUAUUUAGAUCAUCUUUUUUUGCUAUUAAUAUGACCCUAGCUCCCUAUAAAUAUACCGCUACUUGUCUUAAAAAAAUAGUUUACUGGUUUGAAAGCUGAAAUAGACUUUGGAAAGUAUUGAAAGCGUCUAAAUAAAACAACUGUCAGGAUGAGUUACCUUGAUUUUGAUGUCGCUGCCUUGGUCAUUGAUAAUGGAACCGGAAUGUGCAAGGCUGGAUUUGCAGGAGAUGAUGCUCCACGGGCCGUUUUCCCUGCCUUAGUUGGAAGACCAAAAUACCAGGGAAUCAUGGUUGGUAUGGGAAUAAAAGAUUCUUAUGUCGGAGACGAAGCACAAAGUAAAAGAGGGAUGCUAGCUCUGAAAUAUCCAGUUGAACAUGGAAUAGUUAGUAAUUGGGAUGAUAUGGAGAAAAUUUGGCACCAUACAUUUUAUAAUGAAUUAAGAGUGGCACCAGAGGAACAUCCUGUUUUAUUAACUGAAGCGCCACUUAAUCCUAAAGCUAACAGAGAGAAAAUGAUACAGAUUAUGUUUGAAACUUUCAACACUCCCGCCUUUUAUGUUGGAAUACAAGCCGUUCUUUCACUUUAUGCAUCUGGGCGAACGACAGGAAUAGUAUUUGAUUCAGGGGAUGGUGUAUCUCACGUUGUGCCAAUCUAUGAAGGGUAUGCUUUACCACAUGCCAUUAAAAGAAUGGAUUUAGCAGGAAGAGAUUUAACAAUGUAUCUAAGAAGACUGCUUACUGAACGAGGAUAUAGCUUUACAAGUGGAUCUGAAACAGAAAUUGUUCGAGAUAUGAAAGAGAAGCUGUGUUACGUGGCAUUGAAUUUCGAGGAAGAAAUGGAUAGUUCUGUCAGUUCGUCAGCAAUCGAAAAAAGUUACGAACUGCCAGAUGGCCAGGUCGUCACGAUAGGCAACGAACGAUUUAGAUGUCCAGAACUUUUAUUCCAACCGUCAUUUGCUGGAAGAGAAGAUGUUGGUGUACACGAAAUGGUUUAUCAAUCUAUAAAUUCUUGUGAUAUUGAUAUCAGAAAAGAUUUGUAUAAUAAUGUUGUUAUGUCAGGAGGUUCUACCAUGUAUCCAGGUAUAUCUGAUAGAAUGAUGAAAGAACUUACUAAUCUAGCUCCCAGUUCUAUCAAAGUUAAAGUUAUUGCCCCACCGGAGAGAAAAUACUCAGUAUGGAUUGGCGGUUCCAUUCUCGCAUCGUUAUCAACAUUUAACCAGAUGUGGAUUUCUAAAAGUGAAUACGACGAAUCCGGGCCUGCUAUUGUUCAUAAAAAAUGUUUCUAAGUGUCUCAUAAAUAAACAUCUAGUAUUUGUGACUCUUAUAAGGCUAAUGUACCGUUUUCAAUGGAUGGUGUAACAGUAUUUAUUACACAAUAUGUGUAUAUAUACCAGAUCCGGUUUAAGAAUCUGUAGGCCCCUGGGUUACAGGUAAAGUGAGACCCAUUUGGGUAUCUUGGAAUUGUUUACCAGCCGACCGCUCUGGUAUAGAAUACAUUAUUUCUUUUUGUGGUAGUGCCGUUUACUCCAAAUUUAUAUACGGUAUAUUAAUUGAUCGCCUUGUAAAAUGGGCAGGAUUAGACGUUUCAAUUCAUAAGCCUUUUAAAAAAUAUUGAACUAUAAUAUAAAACAAUAAAGACGAUAUCUUGUAAAUUUGUAUUUUUGUAAAUUCUGUAUCUCUUU